UCCACCGACGAUGAUAUUCGAGGCACUUGCGGCUCGUCUGCAGCGCUAGGAGAAAAGAGGAGAGAAAGAGAGAACCUCACCUCCUCAAACAGCGAGUGAGGUAGAGGAGAAAAAGAGACAGAGCGCGAGAGGAAGACAAGAGGCUGUGGAGUAAAACGGAAAGACAACAGCGGCUUGGACCUCCAGCACAGGAGUGUUUAAUUGUCUGCAGCUUUAUUGUAAAGUGUCUAAUUUCCACACAGAUCCGACAUGUCAUCGUCCGGUAAAGACAACAGCGGUGCCCAACAUGCCAAUUACGUGGGACCUUACCGUUUGGAGAAGACGCUCGGGAAAGGACAGACAGGGUUGGUCAAGCUGGGAAUCCACUGUGUAACAUGCCAGAAAGUCGCCAUAAAGAUUGUCAACCGUGAGAAACUCAGUGAGUCAGUACUAAUGAAGGUGGAGCGAGAAAUAGCUAUUCUGAAGCUCAUAGAACACCCGCAUGUCUUAAAGCUACAUGAUGUCUACGAAAAUAAAAAAUACUUGUACCUUGUGCUAGAACAUGUGUCUGGUGGUGAGCUGUUUGACUACUUGGUGAAGAAGGGCAGGUUAACACCUAAAGAGGCCAGGAAAUUCUUCAGACAGAUCAUGUCUGCCCUGGAUUUUUGCCACAGUCAUUCCAUAUGCCACAGGGAUCUGAAGCCUGAGAACCUGUUGCUAGAUGAAAAGAACAACAUCAGGAUAGCAGACUUUGGCAUGGCCUCCCUUCAGGUCGGCGACAGUCUGCUGGAAACCAGCUGCGGAUCUCCACACUACGCCUGUCCAGAGGUCAUCAGGGGAGAGAAGUAUGACGGGAGGAAAGCAGACGUCUGGAGCUGUGGGGUCAUUCUUUUUGCCCUGUUGGUGGGUGCCCUGCCGUUCGAUGAUGACAACCUGAGGAAUCUGCUAGAGAAGGUGAAGUUGGGAGUGUUUCACAUGCCACACUUCAUCCCUCCAGACUGUCAGAACCUCCUCCGUGGCAUGAUCGAAGUGGAUGCCACCAAAAGAUUAACGUUAGAACAGAUCCAGAAGCACACAUGGUACAUAGGGGGGAAGAACGAACCAGAACCAGAGCAGCCGGUGCCCAGGAAGGUGACCAUCCGCAGCCUGCCCUCCGCAGACGACAUCGACCCAGACGUACUGGACAGCAUGCACUCCUUGGGCUGCUUCAGAGACAAAAACAAACUACUGAAAGACCUGCUCUCAGACGAUGACAACCAAGAAAAGAUGAUCUACUUCCUGUUACUGGACCGUAAGGAAAGGUACCCCAGUCAGGAGGACCAGAACCUUCCCCCUCGCAACGAGAUUGAUCCCCCAAGGAAGCGGGUGGACUCUCCGAUGUUGAACCGUCACGGCAAGAGGAGACCGGAGAGGAAGUCCAUGGAGGUCCUCAGUGUCACAGACGGAGGCUCACCUGUACCAGCAAGGAGGGCUAUUGACAUGACACAGCAUGGACAGAGUAAAUCAGUGUACAGUAAAAGCUUGGAUAUUCCUGACGCCAGUACAAAAUGCAGCAAAGAAGAAAGGUCGCGGUCUAUUAGUGGAGCCUCCUCUGGCCUCUCCACCAGCCCCCUCAGCAGCCCACGGGUCACCCCUCACCCCUCCCCUCGAGGCAGCCCCCUCCCUACCCCAAAGGGCACCCCGGUGCACACUCCCAAGGACAGCCCGGCCGGGACGCCCACCCCAACGCCGCCCCCCAGCCCUUCCAUCGGAGGCAUGCCUUGGAGGACGCGCCUCAACUCCAUCAAAAACAGCUUCCUGGGCUCACCACGGUUCCACCGCAGGAAACUCCAAGUUCCCACACAAGAAGAGAUGUCCAGUCUCACACCAGAGUCUUCCCCAGAACUUGCCAAAAAAUCCUGGUUUGGUAACUUCAUCAACCUGGAAAAAGAGGAGCAGAUCUUCAUCGUCAUCAGAGACAAGCCUCUCAGCUCCAUCAAGGCAGACAUCGUUCAAGCCUUUCUCUCGAUCCCCAGCCUGAGCCACAGCGUGAUCUCUCAGACCAGUUUUCGAGCAGAGUACAAGUCCACGGCCGGCCCUACGGUUUUCCAGAAGCCGGUGAAAUUCCAGGUGGAUAUCACCUACACGGAGAGCACAGCUGCCACCAAGGAGAACGGCAUCUACUCUGUCACCUUCACCCUGCUCUCAGGACCCAGCCGGCGCUUUAAGCGAGUAGUGGAGACGAUUCAGAGCCAGUUGUUAAGCACACAUGACCAGCCAGGGGUCCAACAGCUGUCUGACGAGAAGAACGGACAGGUGCCCUACCCCUCUGGCACGCCCACCAAGCGCUGCCCCUCGCCCAUGCACGUCCGGAGGCACGAGCCAGAACAUAAUGACACCAAAUGCCCCGCCGCGGGCCGAGACAGAGCCAAGUUGGCGAUGGCGUCCGUGGGGACACUGGAGGAGUCAUAGGUCGAGAGGCUGUGUAGUCAAGCCAGCGCUAAAAACCCAUCCCAGUAUCACUAUAAGAGAAUAUCCUAUCUGUACAUAGCUAGAUGUACAUAUCAUUUAUGGACACUUUUUUGUAUAAAAUGACUUUAUAUAGAUAGAAAUAUAUUAAGAGAAUCAAAGUGAUAUUUUACAAACAGUAUACUGCACCUACAUGACACACACACACACACACACACACACUCCUGUCCUUCCACUCACUCCCCCUUUCAUUAUCCACCAUCAUCAUCAUCCACCCCUCUGCCCCAACCAUCUGAUCGCCCUGUGGCUCUGUUUUUUGCUCCGUCGCUGCUAACCUGUGUGAUGACCUGACUUGUUUCUGAUACCAGGAAUUAUCCAGAAAACCUAUUAAGCCCCUCCUCCUGCUCCUUCCCUCCACCACCACCUCCACCACCACCACCACCCUCCCCCCACGAGCGUGCCGAGAAGGGACGGACAUUUGUUGA